AUGGCAGCAAAAUGGCGAGCUACACGUCUCCUCCAUGGAGUCCGAGCCAUAACUGGCGGUCAAGGCCCUCCUUUGAUUCUCAUGCCAGGCUGGCCACAAACAGCAGAGGCCUUCAGCGGCAUCUUAGAGCCCCUUUCAAAACACUAUCAGUUUUUCGCACUCGACCCCCCGGGCUUGGGCGAUUCGCUUGCUCCCGCCAAUGGCUAUGACACUGCCAACGUCAGCAAAGUCAUGGCCGAAGCUGUUCACGAUAUCGUGAAAGAUACACCGUACCAUCUAGUUGGCCACGAUGUGGGCGGAUGGAUUGCGUAUCCUUGGGCGGCUCAAUUUCAAUCGAGAAUCAAAUCCCUCAGUAUCCUGGACGCAUCUGUGCCGGGUUUCCUUCCCCAGUUCCAGUUUCCGUUGACGAACCAGACCAACAUGCGUCUUUGGCAAUUCUCAUUCAAUGCGCUGCCUGAAUUGCCGGAGAUUCUGACUCGCGGCCGUGAGCGGGAGCUGCUGACCUGGUUCUUUAAAUUGAAGACGGCUCGCGCGGAUGGCUUUUCGGAAGAUCAUUUUGAACGCUAUAUUCAAGCCUAUUCAAGACCAGGAGCCAUGAGCCGGGGAUUCGAAUAUUACCGAGCUUUUGGAACAAGUGCGCAACAAAAUUUGGAAUUUGCAAAGACACCACUCAAUAUCCCUGUCUUAGCUCUGGGCGGGGCUAGCUCUGUCGGUGCGGAUAUGGUUCAUUUAGUGCGAAAGUUCGCGACCAACGUGUCUGGCGGCGCUAUUCAUGAUUGUGGGCAUUUCCUCCCCGAAGAGCAACCAUCUCCCGUUGCGCAAAAGUUGUUGGAAUUUUUGAAGGCAAACCACACAGAGUGA